GUACUUGUACACAAGGUUUAUCAGAUUUGAAAUGAGAGUGUUAUUUCCAUGGUUAUGGUUUAGAUUCAAUGCAAGGGCCGCAGUGCAGUACCUGAUAAUUCAUCUGUUAAUCAUUUUGUCUACGAGGUUGAGAAGAUUUUUGGCCCUGGAAAUCAAUAUGUCACAACUGCAAAAAUGAUACUUCAAGCCAUCACUUUCUCAAACAUGUAUGCACCCGAGCAUUUGAUUAUCAAUGUAAAAGACGCGGAGAAGUGGGAAAGUUUUAUCGAGAAUGCAGGGUCGUGGACACCAGAGAGUGUCGGUGAUUACGCAAGUGGGACAAACCACGUCCUUCCCACUUACGCAUAUGCAAGAAUGUAUAACGGUGUGUCAUUGGACUCUUUCCUCAAGUACAUAACUAUGCAAUCUCUCACAGAGGAAGGUCUAAGGAAGGUAUAAGUACAUAACUGUGCAUUUAUAAAUUAUAAUAAUAAAUAGUAGUGUCUACUUGAUCACUCUUUGGUUAUUAUUAGUAUAUAUAAAUAUG